AUGGCGCCCAUUCUCCAAUUUGGCCUUAAUGACGCCGCAAAACCAGACCGAACCCCGAAGCCAAAGACCAAGGGAGGGAAUGGUACUUCGCCUAGGAUAGUCAAAAGACGAGCUGGAAUCAAAAGGGAAGUAGACGAUGAGGAGUCCGAGCUAGGUUCACCGACAAAGAAAAGAAAAGAUAGUACGGCGACUGCCUAUCUAAUCGUUGGUAUCGAUUUUGGUACAACAUAUUCAGGGGUUGCUGUUGGGCAUUCUGAGAACCCGGAAACUAUCUAUGUUAUCUCAAACUCGCCAGGGAAUGUAGAAACCAGGAAUAAGAGAUUCUGUGUAAAAGAAUAUACUCAGCGUGUUUAUAAGCACGUUAUGGGAAGACUCCGCACGAUAUAUGGAAGGACAAUUGUGGAAACGGUACCAAUUAAGGUGGUAUUGACCACCCCGGCUGACUGGGAUCGGAAGUAUAAAACAACAUUACGUGAGGCGGCAUACCAAGCAGGUAUUGCAUGCGGACUGAACGACUCGAUUUUGACGAUUGAUGAACCGGAAGCGGCUGCUCUUGCUGCAUUUAAGGACCCUCAAGGGCAGAAAACCAAUUCGAUCUUCAAGGUAAACAACAAUGUUGUGGUGGUUGAUAUCGGCGGAGGAACGAUCGAUAUCAUAACGUACGAAAUCAUUCAACGAAAUCCCCUCAAAGUGGCUGAAGCCUGUACCGGAACUAGCGCAAAGUGUGGGGCUACCACUAUUGAUCGAGAACUGCAUAGGCUGAUGGCAUCAAGAUACGGAGCUGCAUUUUCCGACCUCCCGUUUAAAGAAACAGGUCACGGCAGUGAUUUUAUGAAGGAAUUCGAAGUAGCCAAGAAAUGUUUCAUAGGUCACGGCAGCGAACACCGAAAAGAGUGGGAACUCAGUCUAAUUAUGGACAUUGACGAUGAUGGUGUCAUACACGGGAACGAAUCGGGCACAAUAAAAAUCACCAGUGAGGAGCUUGCGCAAAUGUUCGAAAAAGUCAUAACCCGCGCGUUCGAAAUGGUGUCCGAGCAAAUAAAAUUGACUCAAGCAAAGAAUGACUAUCCGGUGAAUUUGAUAAUCCUCUGCGGCGGUAUGGCCGAAUCCCAAUAUGUUCAGACGCGAUUUAAUGAAUUCUGUGAACAAAAGCUGGACAAUAAGGUUGAUGUAAUUGUGCCACAAGAAGCUUGGCCCGCCAUUGCAAAGGGAGCAGUAAUCCACGCAUUACGGCCGCCGGUAGUGGAAAGCCGCAAGAGUCGAUGGUCCUACGGCAUCGGUGUGCAUAGAGCCUUUGAUCUGGAACGUGAUAAUGAGAAAGAUCAAUACAACUGUCCAAGCAGAGGACAGCGUACUAAAGGACAAGUCGAGUGGUUCAUUAGACGGGUAAUGGAACAUUCCACUCACCGCGACGAAAGCGUUAAAGACAAGGUGAAAUGGAUCCACGGAUACAUCACAAUGGGGAAGACUAGACGGCUUAGAGACACAGUUGGCGAUUUGGUGUUGUACAAAUCCAAGAACGUUGAGAAGUUUGAGACCCUCAGACUUUGUAUUCCGGUUCGAAACUCGAAGGGGAACAAGAAUGUGAUGAUUGGACACAAGAUAUUGUUGGUGAACGAGAAGUCCGUACAGUUCGAAGCUAGAUGCGGCAAGAAAAGGGUUGGGUUCAAAGAAACCGUUUAUGAAGACGACGAAAACUGA